CUCCCGAGAAGCCCUCCAAAUACCGUAGUUAAGGCAGGGGCCCGAUAAGGCCAGACAAGGUGCCCCGCUCAUUUUUUUGUGUCGAGACUUGAUGCAACCUGCGACGAACCUGAGCUUUGACACCGCAUAACAGUACAACAACAACAACAAAAACAACGGUGUUGUGAUACUCUGGCGGCAACCAGCAACCAUCGCAAUGUUUCCAGUGAAGGGCCUCAGUAUCUCGGCCGAGAAACUAAAGGUUGAGACGGAACGCGCAACUACCGCUUCGGCGCCGAAGCCUUCAAGGAAGCGAAAGAGACAAGGGAACACAGAGAACGUGACAGCUGCGAAUUUCGCAGAUCUGUGGGAGAAGGUCAUUGAACACAAGAAACCAUCUGCACCGGCGGACCAGGCCCAGUCGAAGAAGGACCACAAACGCCAAAAGAGGGAGCACGAGUCUAGAGCCCCGGCGAGUGCAGCAGUAGGCACGGCCAGCUCUGCCCAAUUGGGGAGCGAAGGGCAGCAGAAGCAGGCCAGUGACAAGUUUGAGAAGAAACAGAGAAAGAAGGAGAAGAGAAAGCAAGAGCAAGCUUCCUUAGCCGCCGUCUCUGAGCCUGCCGAGAAGGAUGAAUGGAACGGCAUCGACGAUGAGGAAGAAGUUGAAGAUGCUCCGGAGGCUGCCCAGGCCGUCGUGAACGAGAGGGCCGAGGAGAAGAACAAGAAGACGAAACGCACAGGAGAUGAUGCCAAGCGGCAAGGACAACAUCAACGGUCCACGGACAAGGCACGUACGGCUGAGACGGCACCUCCACCAGCACCUCCCGCGCCAGCUCCGGCCAAACUCACACCCCUCCAAGCCUCCAUGCGCGAGAAGCUCAUCUCUGCCCGCUUCCGUCACCUCAACGAGACUCUCUACACCCGUCCGUCGACCGAAGCCUACCAGCUCUUCCUGGAAUCGCCCGAGAUGUUCACCGAAUACCACGAGGGCUUCCGCCGACAAGUGGACGUUUGGCCCGAGAACCCCGUAGACGGGUACAUCGCCGACAUCAAGAGCCGCGCCAAGGUGCGCUUCCCACCACGCAACCGCGACCAGGCGCCCGCCCCGUCGCAGCUCCCGCUACCCAAGGCCCCCGGCUCCAAGACCUGCACCAUCGCCGACCUAGGCUGUGGCGACGCCAAGCUCGCGACCGCGCUGCAGCCGCUCCAAUCCAAACUGAAACUCGACAUCCGCAGCUUCGACUUGCAGACUGGCGGCUCCCCGCUGGUCACGCGCGCCGACAUCGCCAACCUCCCGCUGCCCGACGGCUCCGUCGACGUGGCCAUCUUCUGCCUCGCGCUUAUGGGCACCAACUGGAUCGACUUCGUCGAGGAAGCCUACCGCGUGUUGCGCUGGAGAGGGGAGCUCUGGGUGGCCGAGAUCAAGAGCCGGUUCACGAACCCGGCGCUCAGCACCAAGAAGAAAAGCGGAGUGGUAGCCCACAGCGUCGGCAACCGCAAGAAAGGGGCAGCAGCCUCUAAGGGCAAAAGGGCAGACGAGGAGGACGAGGCGGAGCUCGCAGCGGAGUUGGCGGUGCAGGUCGACGGUGUCGCAAAGCAGCAGCAGGAAACGGACAUCUCAGCCUUUCUGGAGGCGUUGCGCAAGAGGGGCUUCCUGCUGAAUCGGGACCUGGGGGAGAACGCGGUGGACAUGCGCAACAAGAUGUUUGUGCGUAUGCACUUUGUCAAAGCGGCGCCCGCUGUGAAGGGGAAGUGCGCCGUUGAGGAUAAAGAACAGGGUCAAGAUCAGAGUCAGCGGCAUGGUUGGAAGGGGAAGAGGGAUCAGGGAGGACCGAAGAAGAAGUUCAUCGGUGAUGACGAGGAUGAGGCGGUUAAUGAGGCCGCGGUGCUGAAGCCUUGUGUGUAUAAGAUACGGUAAUCUUUCAGAAGUAUCUGCUUUGUCGCGGCUCAAAGAUCAGGGACGUUGGACGGUAGGAUCACGACGGAUCAACAUGGGAACAAAAAGAAAUGACGGCCAGCUCUAAGCCCCAUGCGCUGUUCCCAGUUUCGCAUGAUGCUUCCUUAAAAAGGGACCGCCCUGCAUACUGGUUCCAUGAUCCAUCCGCUCUUUUGUGCCCAGAGCUCCCA